UUUUUUGUUUUUCUCAGUUGGAAUCGAAAAGACUAAAGAGCUUGGACUCUUUGCAGCUUGCAGGCUCUUUAUUCACUUCACAGUUCACAUAUCACAUAUCAAAUCCACCACAUCACAUUAAUUUAUUAACUUUUAAGUGUUUCUGUUUGUGUUUAAACGGACGCGGACGCGCAAGCAGUAGUUUCCGGUUGAUGUUAAAGAUAUACCUAGUCUCCAGUUUAUAGUAAAUGUGAAUGUAGUGUUUCUAGUGGUUGGUGGAUUGGUGGUUAAAAAAUGGAACUCGUUAAAGUUGUUUUCCUUCGACACGGCGAAAGUGAGUGGAAUAAAUUAAAUUUAUUUUGUGGAUGGCACGAUGUGAAUUUGAGUGAAAAAGGUAAAUCGGAUGCGUCUGCUAUUUCAGCUGCAGCUCUACGACAACACUCUUUGAAAUUCGAUGUAGCAUUUACAUCGGCAUUGAAGCGUGCUCAACAAUCUUUGGAAAUCGUCUUGAAUGCUUUGGAGUGCUCGAGGAUUCCAGUACGUUCAAAUUGGAGAUUAAAUGAGAGACAUUAUGGAGACUUAACUGGUCUCAAUAAGAGACAAAUGGCUGAGAAGUAUGGCGAAGAAAAGGUACAAAUUUGGCGCAGAAGCUUUAAUGUCCCACCACCAAUUAUGGAUACAUCGAGUCCUUAUUAUGCUGCAAUCAGAAAUAAUCCGAAUUUCGCUGACAUCCCAGCUGAUGAGUUUCCUGAUGCUGAAACUCUUGAAUCGGUUAUGCAUCGAGUCGUGCCUUAUUGGGAGAGUGAAAUUGUUACAGAAAUUAAAGGCCGGAAGAGAGUAUUAGUUUUGGCACAUGGAACAAUAAUACGAGCUAUUGUGAAACAUAUUGAAGGGAUCUCAGAUGAAAAAAUCAGUACCAUUAAUAUACCAAACAGUAUACCAUGCGUCUAUAAUUUUGAUAUUAAUACAAUGAAACCUGUUGGUCCAAUGGAAUUUUUAGCUGACGAAAAAUACCUACAAGACCAACUUAAAAAGACAGCAUCAAUUGGAAACUAAAAAUGAUAAAAUUAUUUUUAAAACAAUAUUUAUAUACAUUGUUUUAAUGUGUUUUUUCUUUUAUUAUGUAUAAUAAAAUAUUUAAUUUAUGUAGAAACUCAAAAAUAGUUCAUUGCAAAAAA